UUUGAAUAUAUUUAAGAGAAACUAGUGAGUAAGGGUUAAGUUACAGCAAAUGUACCUUUGUUUGUUUAAGUUCUAAAACAAAUGGAUGUAACACCAUCACCCUCUAAACGUAAACAAUGUUCGUCCUCUCUAUUAUCUGGAACUCCUGGAAAAAGACUUCUGUUUGACCAUAGUCAACCAUGCAGUAGUUCACAAGUCACCCAGGUUCAGGUAAAAACUGGAUUGAGCAGUCAAGCCUCUACAGUUGAUCUGGAUUCUAGCAUAGAUUUAUUUGAUGAUGAUGAUGAAGAGUUUGAUAAUUAUGUGGCUAAUCUUCCUGAUGAAGUCAUGGAUGGGAGCCAACCUCUGCCUUCUAUGGAUCGUCUAAUUGAGCUUGACAAACUACCUGACCACGUGCUUGAGAAUAUCUUCAGCUGCUUACCCAUAUCUGACUUGAUAGGAACCUGUCCUGUUGUUUGCAAAAGAUGGAACAAUAUCAUUAAGAGCAACAAUUUUUUAUCAUGGAAGAAAAUGUAUCAUAAAAUCCGAAUGAAUGACAAAGAUUCACUUUUGGAAUUGGAAAGUUUAAUGGAGCAUUCAAACAUCGGACACAGCAGGGAACAGGGUGACUUGUUAAAGCCAUAUGUAAUUGUCAACCUAGUCCGGUUCAUGGGCAACUGGGGAGUCAAAUUUCUUCAAUCAACAGAACUGAGUGAAAUGGUUGAACAAAUUGAACGACAUCAACUAUUUCCACUGGCUAAUGCUCUGCUGGAGAAAAAGAUUCUGUCCAAUGAUGAUGCGAUUGCUAAACAAUUAUUGGCAACAAACUCCCCACAAAUUUGGAUGUUGGCUUCCUUGAUCUUAAUAUUAUCCCCUGAUGUUAAAUCAACACUUCACUUCCACCAUGUUUUAUCUCGGGCUCUUCCACUCCCUCUUGUGAUGGAUUUCUUCUAUGUGAUUGCUUCAUUGUUUUGGAUGCUUCACCUGUUUCAGCUUACAAGUCAGCAGAGCCACUACAAGGUUAUUGCUUCAAUUUCAAUCAUUGAAAAUGCUUCAUCACCAAUUCCACUACAUUAUAGCAGCAAAACUGAGAUACAAUCCCAACUUGUGAACAAUCUUACUCAUGAGCAACUACGGGUUGUGAAUCAUGAUUUUCAAACUGGUCAGUUGAUUCGAGUAAUGGCUUAUGCUGGUGCAGGAAAAACAAGCACGUUGAUUGCUUGUGUUAAAGCUAAGCCAAACAAGACAUUCCUAUACACCUCAUUUUGCAAAGCUGUGGUAGAUGAGGGAAAGAAAGUGUUUUACAACCAUCCUAAUGUAAGGUGCGCCACACUACACAGUCUUGCAUACAGAGAAAUGGACAUGAACAGAUAUCGUCACAAGAUCGAUAGAAGAAACUCCAUGUCUUCACAUGAUAUUAUAUACAAGCUCGGUCUGGAAAAGGAAAUGGCUUUCUGUGGCUUGUUGGUGAGAAAGACGCUUAUCUUGUUCAUGUCAAGCAGUGAUAAACAAAUCAAGUUACGCCAUGUGCCUCGGUAUAGGAUAAAGAAGGAAGGAGAUAAAUAUGUGCAUGAAGAUCUUUCAGAAGACCUACGCAAGUCUUUGCAAAACUUGGCAGUGAGGUACUGGAAGAAAAUCACUGACUUUCAAGGAAAAGAAUGUUCCAUAUCUGAUGACUGUUAUCUUAAAAUGUGGCAAAUGAAAAAUCCACUUGUUUCGCAAUACGACGUGAUUCUUCUAGACGAAGCACAAGAUUGUUCGGAAUGUAUGAGAGAUAUACUUGUUAAACAAACCAAACACGCUACCUUGGUGUUGGUUGGUGAUUCACAUCAACAAAUCUAUGGAUUUCGUCAUGCACGUGAUGCACUCACGCUUGUGAGGCACACUCACUCUUAUUACCUAACACAGAGCUUUAGGUUUGGUCCUGAGAUCGCCCAAGUUGCUGAUGCACUUUUACGAGGUUUUAAAUUUAAUGGUUUUGCGAAAACUAGGCUUAGUCCAAACGUAAAUCUCAACUCAUCAAUCUCUGAGAAGACUCUGCUUGGAGUUGGUUGCCAUGGUACUAUUGCUGGUGAAGCAGUUGGGAAACCUUACUGUGUGUUGUGUCGAACAAACUUAGGUGUUAUCAAGAGUGUGGUUUCAUUGUGGGGUGAAAAGAAAAACGAAGAAAAGCAGAUUGUGGUGGUUGGUGGGGCCGAGAAACUUAAUCUUGGGGUCAUCCUUGAUCUUUAUGCACUCAGUAUACCAAUGCAACAAAGAAGGAAAGCUGGAAUUUACAUUAAAAGUGCUUCAGUAAAAAAGUUCCAAACAUUGAAACAAGUUCAUGAAGAUGCGCUUCUUCAUGAGGAUUCAUCGAUGAUAAAUAAUGUGGAAGUUGUCAAGUUAUAUGGGAAUCGAAUUCCUAAGAUUGUGCAACAACUUAAGAAUCUUCCACGAAACUUACAAGACGCUGAUAUAGUAGUGAGCACAGUACAUAAAGCAAAAGGUUUGGAAUUCGAUACAAUUUCCUUAUGCGACGAUUUCGCAUCACACCUUCUACGUCACAUAAGUAUCGGUAACAAUCCUUCGCCUGGAAUGAAGGAAGAAGCGAACUUAUUAUACGUAGCUGCUACACGGCCACGUAAAUCACUGAUACUGUCGCCAACGUUGAGCAGUUUGUUAAAACAGUUUAACAUACGGUUUCUCACCCCAACACCGACGGCCGAGUGUUUCACCGACCCAACCUCACGCGUGUUUUGCGUUCAAUGCAAAAAUCUUCUUACAGACGAUACUGUACUGACACUACACCGACCAGAAAUAAAAUCGAUGCAAGAUGGUGGCUCGUUGUGUUGCGCUUGUGCGUGCGCAUGCGCACCAGGGUGGGUUCAACUUGUUGGCGAUUCCAGAAUUACCGCAACCAAACCGAUGGAUGGCGCUGCAGAGUCAAGUGAAGCUGCACCCGUUUGUCUUCCAGAACCUAUGGAAGCACUUUUAUUCGGCCAUAAUGUGGAAGAGUGGAAUCCUUAAAGUGCCCAAUCCGAUGUUAAAAAUAUUCUACGCAAAACAUUUGUUGUUGACUUUGUGUUUUGGUAUUCAUUAUCUUGCUUUAAUUCAUUAAGACUGACCUUUAAAUAACGUUGGCUAAUCAGUGUUUUCAUACUCAUCGGUGUAUUAAACAUGUGCUUCUUUUUCUUGGCGCUCUCCAAAUGUUAAGCGUUAAUUAAAAUCAAAGAUCUUAUUUUUAAAAUUCCGUUUUACACACCUUUUAUAAAAAAGCAUUCACCAAAAUAAUUAAACUUUGAAAAAACAACCAACAUUUCCAAACCAUUGCAGUAUAGGCGGACUAAUCCCAAUCAACCGACUGAAUCGGUGGGUAUUUAUACUUGAAUGCAAUAAACGUUAGAAUUUAUGUUUUAUAUUUCACUGCCUUUUUACAGUUUGUAAUGUAAUUUUAUAAUAAUUUUCUUUUCUUCACAUUGUGCAUGUUACUUUCUUUCUCACUGUAAUUUCGUGAUCUUCUUUAAAGGAAACAAAUGCGGAAGAACCA